AUGUCAGAAGAAAACAAGACGCUGGUGACCGAGUUUGUUCUCACGGGACUUACAGAGCAUCCAGGGCUGCAGGUCCCCCUGUUCCCGGUGUUCCUGGUCACCUACCUCACCACCAUGGGGGGCAACCUCGGACUGGUGGCUCUCAUCUGGAAGGACCCCCGUCUGCACAGCCUCAUGUACUUAUUCCUUGGCAGUUUAGCCUUUGCAGAUGCUUGUUCUUCAUCCUCAGUGACCCCCAGGAUGCUAAUGAAUUUUUUAUCUAAGAAUCAUGUGAUACCUCUCCUUGACUGCAUGGCCCAAUUUUAUUUUUUUGGUUCCAGUGCCACCACAGAAUGUUUCCUCCUGGCGUUGAUGGCCUAUGAUCGUUAUGUAGCCAUAUGCAACCCCUUGCUUUACCCAGUGGUCAUGUCCAAUAACCUCUGUACCCAGUUUAUAGCUGUUUCAUAUGCCACUGGUUUUCUACAUUCAGCAAUUCAUGUGGGUUUGUAAUUUAGAUUAACCUUCUGCAGGUCCAAUGUAAUAUAUAAUUUCUACUGUGAAAUUUUACAACUGUUCAAAAUUUCUUGCACUGAUCCUAGAGUUAAUACUCUUCUGGUUUUAAUCUUCUCAGCCUUUAUACAAGUCUUCACUUUUAUGACCAUCAUGGUCACUUACUCCUACGUCCUCUUUGCCGUCCUGAAAAAGAAGUCUGCAAAGGGCAGAAGCAAAGCCUUCUCCACGUGCAGUGCCCACCUGCUCUCUGUCUCUUUGUUCUAUGGCACUCUCUUCUUCAUGUGUGUGCAUCCUGGGUCUGGCCCAGCUGAAGUUCAUGACAAAAUGUAUUCUUUAUUUUACACAAUAGUAAUUCCUCUACUAAACCCUUUUACUUACAGCUUGAGAAACAGAGAGGUUAUAGGUGCCCUGAGAAGAAUCAUGAAGACAUAA